AUGCACCUCGACGCGCUGUGGUUCGCCAAGGCCGCGUACGCGACCUUCAACUUUGGCUUUGGUGCGAUCCUCAUCUUCCUGCCCGUGUAUUUCAGCGCCUAUUUUGACAAAUUUCAAAUCGGCAUUCUCCAGACGCUGCCUUGCCUUUGCUCGAUGCUCGCACCGCCACUGUGGGGCGCCAUUUCGGACGCGCUGCAGCGCCCCCGGCUCGUCCACGUCGUCUGCUAUAUCUCCGGCUCCCUUCUCAUGUUUGGCAUGCAGAACGUCUCGGACAGCUUUGUUUGGACAUGCCUGACACUCUUGGACCAAGCGGUGUUGGCACUUGUGACGCAGCUCGGGGCCGAGUACGGCAAGCAGCGACUGUACGGCUCCAUCGGCUACGGCCUCGGUGCCUACGCCACAGGCCUCGUUGUCGCCAACUACGGUAUCGGCUGGGCCUUUACCAUCAGUCUCGGCUGCUGCGUUCCUGGGCUUGUGUUGCUCUUCAUGCUGCCGUCACCGCCACCGCGGGGGUCGUCGUCGGGUUCGUUCGCCGUGGGCGUGCGUGCGCUUUGGCACCGCUACGAUCUCAUGGCGCUUCUGAGCUUCGCUGCUGUCACGGGUGCCAUGGGUGGAGUCAUUUCAGCGUUCCUUACGCUCAACCUCUUUGAACUUAGCGGCGGGUCGGCGCAGAUUGUCGGCCUCGCAGUCGUCUGCGAAACUCUCUCGGAGCUCCCCGCCUUUUACUGUGCCGACACACUCAUUUUACGUCUCGGAACCGUCACCGUGUUGGCAUUGGCGCUUCUUGCGUACGGCGUACGCCUCACGUGCUAUGCAUUCAUGACGAACGCGUGGUAUGCGCUACCGUUCGAGCUUCUUCACGGCUGCACGUACGGUCUCGCAUGGGCUGCAUGCACCAAAUACGUGUACGCCGCAGCACCCGCUGGCGCGGAAGGUUUUGUUCUGGGGCUUCUUAGCGCUGUGCAAGGCGGCGUCGGGCGCGGCCUCGCGACCUUGGUGGGCGGACAUGUCUACAACGCGUACGGUGCGCGCUAUUUGUGGGGCGUCACGAGCACCGGCGUUCCGGCGGGCUUUCUUGCGCUGUGGCUAUUUUCCCAAACGACCUCGACGAGAAAGAGGAUCAGCGAAACGAGCCCGCUUAUCGAGCGCAGUGGCAAGGACUAG